GCCUUUCCUAUUGCUGCGGCCGCGGUUGCCGGGGGCUCGCCGGAGGGAGGGGAAUGCGCGUGCGCGCGGGGCCCGGGAAGUAACGUUCGGCGCUUGCCGUUAGAGCAGAGGGAGAAGAAGAGGAGGAAGAGGGCGAGCGAGAGCGCUUGCGCGAGCGGGGCAACGGCGACGACUCAGCCCCGGGUGGAGGGAGACGGACGCCAGCCAGGAGCCGAGAGGUCGCAGCGCCGCUUCCCCUCCCCCACGUCACCAUGGUGAGCGAGGGAGGGAGGGGGCUUCAAUGGGGAGGGGGCGAAGCGUGAGGUCAUGUGAGGAGGGGGGGUCUCGACCUCCCCCCACUCCCGCAGUGUGGCGUCUUAAGGAGGGAAGGGGUCAGGCCCCUUUUCUCAAUGGAGGCCUAUAUGGGGAGGGGACCCUCUCCAAAAUGAAUACAUGUGUGUGUUGAGAAGGGGUCUUCCAUCAUGGAGGUCUUACGAUGGUCAAGUUCAAGAUAAAUAAGGUUUUUAGGAUUCACAUCCCAUCCCCCAAAUAGGAUGUGCGUGGAGUUGGGUUAAUAAAAGAUGGGGGGUGCUUCCAUGUCUGAUGGGGACGGAAGAUGGGGGCCUUUGUGGCUUUUAUCAUAUUACUGGGUCACGGGGGGGGGGCUGGGACAUCCCACCAAUGAUGGCAUAUUAUAGGGUGGAAGCUUAUGAAGGUGAAGAAGUGGGAGGGGUUCAAAGUGUCUUUCCCCCUCCCACCCCCCAUUUUUUAUUUUUACCUAUGUUGGGGGUUUGAGCAGCUGGAAGUGGAUGGGUUAAUAGGAGAUGGGUGUAGAGGAAGAAAAAGCUGUGUAUGGCCAGCUUUCCCCUCCCUUUGCAAAGGAUGUGGGGGUGAUGAAGUCUAAGGGGAAUCUUUUAACUUCUCCCCAAAAGCGGGAGGAGCCAAGAAAGGAAUUGCCUCAAAAACAGCUGCACCUGUGGAACACCCUCCCCUUGAAGGUGGAAGUCUUCUUGGAAUGGGCUGGGGUGGAGGAGUCCCAAAAGGCCUCAUAAAAGUAUGCAGCCCUGGCAGAGAGAGCUUUAUAAAGGUUGGGAUGCUGAGAAGAGGAUCCCUUAAAUAAGGGGGAUUUGAUAAAAGUGUGGAUAAUUGGAUAGUUGGGGGGGGUUCCUCAUAUUACCCCAAAAGUGGGGUGCUCAGCUAAGAAGAGGCAGUUGAUAAAAACGGAGCAUUGGUAAGAAAACUCCUGAAGGAGGGUGAUGUAGUGAUGAGAUAAUAUGAUAAAGGGGUUUGCAUUUCCUGAAAUGGGAAGAACAUAAUAAUUUGCAAAAUUCAGAGCAGGUGGAUAGGAAAGGGGGUGCCUUUAAAAGAAGAUUCUGUUGUGUGACUAGAAAACCUCAUUUUGAGGGUACUUGAACUGCUGAGAAAGAGAAAUGGUAGUGGACACCUGAUGGGGGAGAAAAGAGGCUUGUGUAUGCAAAGGGGGGGGUGAGAGUAAGAAGUGGAGGACACACCCUUUGAGGAGUUGUGUGCAUGCUUGAGAAAAUGACUGUGCUUAAGGCAUCUCAAGUUUAAAAAUGAGAUAAUGACAAUAUAUAGACAAGGGUAUAUUUCAAAGAGAGGAUGCAUAGGAACGUUGGACUUGGUUGUGAGGAGUGGAUAGUAAAUCAAAGUUUUAAAAAUGCAAAAUAAUGUGCUUUGUAGAGAUCCAGAUCAUUGGUCCAUCUUGCUCAGUGGCUCUCUGGGUUUUCUGGCAGAAGUGCUCCCUAGCCCAGCCUGGAGAUGCUGGAGCUCCAACCAGGGACCUUUUGCAUGCAAAGGAGGUGCUCUUCCACUGAGCUACAGCCCUUACCUAAGGCCUUGAGAAUGGAAAUAUAAAGGGAGCAGGGGUGAAUCCCAAGACAGAUGAUAGGGUUGGGAGAUACAGUAUGAGCAGACAGGAGGGAGGAUCUGUGUUUGUUCUUCCUCUCCCUCAUGUGGUUUCCAUUAAAGAAAGAAUUAGUGGAAAGACAGUUGAGAAACUGGAAAGAGGAGCUUCCCUGAGAGAGGAUUAAAAACUCCCCUUAUGAUUAUAAAAGGAGAACAUUGAAGGGGUUGGUGUGAUGUUGGUCACCCACCUUCAGAUGAAGAGGGGAGGGGCACAUGUUCCCAGGCUCUGUUGUGUCCUCCGACUGUGAAAACGCAGAGUGUAGCCUUCUUAGGGCAAAGACCUCCCUCUCUCCUGUUUUUGUGCUUAUACUGCUUUGUAAACCACCAUAAAUGUUGGUUAUAAGUAGAAAAAUGCUAACCAUCAAAAAUGGGUUAUUGACACAGGAACUUGGAGCAUGUGAUAAGGCUACACAAGGAAGGGUUAGGAGAACUUGAAGUAGGUGAGGUGGGAACCAUAGGUGGCAAGAGCCCAUCCAAGUUUGGAAGCGGGCAGUACAGGGUGCGUGGAGAAGAGAGUCAGAGAGGAGCUGGUGGCCUCAUGUUGCCCUUCCUGAAGGCUGAAGUUGAUGGACUGUACCUUGGGAAGAGCACCUGCUUUGCAUGCAGAAGGUCCCAGCUUCAAUCUCCAGGAAGGGCCAGGAGAGACCCCCAAGCUGAAAUCCUGAUGAACUGCUGACAAUCAGUGUUGACAGUCCUGAGCUUGAUGGACAAAUGGUCCAAGUAAGCAUAAGGCAGGCCUGUGGGGGUGUUCUGUUCUUAGUCCAUAUCACUCCCUCUACUUGGGUUGAGUGCAGAUGUGAGUCUUUGGGAGAGAGUGGAGGCAACAACUGCAUUGAGUUCAGAAGUCAAUGAGAGUGAGUGAGUGUGUGUGUGUGUGUGUGUGUGAGAGAGAGAGAGAGAGAGAGAGAGAGAGAGAGAGAGAAAGAAAGAAAGAAAGAAAGAGAAAGAGAGAGAGAAAAAUAAAUGGGGUGCGGCUGUCAUGGACCAGGAAGGUGAGACCUGCAAAACUUACUGAUUUUCUCUCUCCUCCCCCACCAUUCUCCAUGGCCUUCCUUCAGGCUGAUCAGCUGACAGAGGAGCAAAUAGCAGGUGAGAAAUUAUUUUGCUCCUGGGGACAGGAACAUUGGCAGCAUCUGUCAAAAUCUAAAGAGUUGGUGUUACCAGUUGUGUGGCAUAAAUGCCAAGAGAGCCAGCAAUUGGUGCUGGACUUGGUCCUCCAUCCAAACUCUUGCUUGGCCCUGAACGUCCUAGCUAAACUCGCUGCCUCACAAUCUCCCAGCCUUUGCUCCUUUCCUGUGUAAAACAGGAGCAUGUGUAAUGUCCUUCCUCAAAAGUAUUUCUCUGAAUACUGCUUGACCUCUACCCUACUGAUUUAAACCCUUAAAGCUGGCUGAGUGUACCUUGGAGGGAGGGGAGGCGCAUGUUGAUGUAGCUGCAUCCUGAAAAAAUGCUAUUAAAACAGUACUGGGUGUUUGGGCCCAGGGUCUUUUAAGGGCUGAUGCAUUAGGGCAGUUCUAUCCCCCAGCAAGACUUGGAUAACCUGCAUGGGAGAAUACUUGCGUUCUUCCCCCAGACACAGCCUGGGUAGUCCUUCCCCUCUCCAUACCUGCCAAGGUGAUAACUGGGUUUAGGAGGAGGUUACAAAUGUACUCAGCUAGCCCCUUUCCUUUCAGGUUUCCUUUCUGAGUUUGGGGGCUGGGACUUGGGUUGGAGGGGGUAAUAUCUGGCCCUGAGCUAUCUCUCUUCCCUGCCUCUCUCAGAGUUCAAAGAGGCCUUCUCCCUCUUUGACAAGGAUGGCGAUGGCACCAUCACCACCAAGGAGCUUGGCACCGUCAUGCGCUCCCUGGGGCAGAACCCCACUGAGGCGGAAUUGCAAGACAUGAUCAAUGAGGUGGAUGCUGAUGGUGAGCUGGGCACUCAAGUCUGGGGACGGGUGGGAAAUGGGGUAGUGCUGGAACAGGUAUUGGAUUGGAUUGGAACAGUGCUGGAACUGGAGGAUUGGCCCUCCAGUUAGGAUUGUCUCGUUUCUUUGGCCAAUUACAUGGUGCAGGUGGGAAAUUGACACAUUUAUUUUAGUCUCUGUAACUUGCCCUAGCUGAGGGACACGGGUGGCUCUGUGGGUUAAACCACAGAGCCUAGGACUUGCCGAUCAGAAGAUCAGCGGUUUGAAUCCCCGCGACGGGGUGAGCUCCCGUUGCUCGGUCCCUGCUCCUGCCAACCUAGCAGUUCAAAAGCACGUCAAAGUGCAAGUAGAUAAAUAGGUACCGCUCCGGUGGGAAGGUAAACGGCGUUUCCAUGCGCUGCUCUGGUUCGCCAGAAGCGGCUUAGUCAUGCUGGCCACAUGACCCGGAAGCUGUACACCGGCUCCCUCGGCCAGUAAAGUGAGAUGAGCUCCGCAACCCCAGAGUCGGCCACAACUGGACCUAAUGGUCGGGGGUCCCUUUACCUUUACCUAACUUGCCCUAGUGAAAGGUCUCAGGUUUGGGUAACAGUAGUUGCAUCCUACAAGAUGCAUAAGCCCCAGUCCUAAUUGGUCACAGCCAAAGUAGAAGAUGGACGUGAACAUUUGGAGGAUGCUGGGUCCACAGCAGCCUUUUGGGUGAAAGCGACAGCAAGCUGUCCUUGGUGUGCUGUUGAAACCUGGGAAGGAAGGUGAGGAGUUGCCUUCUUGAACUCACAGGCUGAUCCUAGUGGAAGUACAGCCUGGCUUGGUUGCAGGGGUUUGCCACCCUCUGGACUGAUUAUUCACCCACCACCCAACUGGGGUCCUGCCCUAGUUGUUCGUGGGUGAACUCCCUUAGCUGCCUUCUCAGCUUGAGGAUAAUCCAAGUUCAAUCAUGGAAUGUUGUGGCUCCUUCCUAAAGAGAGCAGGGCCUAUCCGGCACUUACAUGGCCCUUUCCCCUUAUUCCCCUCAGUUACUUGAACACACACCUGAAACUGGGUUUCUCCACCCACUCUGGUGUCUGGCAAAGCCAUUGUUGCCCCGUCCAGGGGGAAGAGGAAAGCGUUUCCAGUAGCCAUUGUUCCCUUGAAAAGUAUUGACCCUGCUAGGCGGGAGGGCAGACCAGCGGACAAGACUUCCAUGUUGCUACACAGGUGAUCUCAGCAGCAGUUUUUUAGGCACAGCACUAAAGAGCUGACCCUUCUCCAGGGAAUGGCACCAUUGAUUUCCCAGAAUUCCUCACUAUGAUGGCUCGGAAGAUGAAGGACACAGACAGCGAGGAGGAGAUUCGUGAGGCCUUCCGAGUCUUUGACAAGGUAGGGGGGCUAAUUUUGUGAUGAAAAGAUGUUUGCUAGGAUUCUACACAACUUGUUCACUAGUGGAACUAGGGGCAUUCUGCACAUGCUCAGCAUCCCUUUUCUCCAGUGGAUGGCCUACAGCAGGAGAGAUGUUUAUCCCAGGUGUGGGGAUCCUUUGGCCCUCCAGAUGUUGCUGAACUACAACUCCCAUCAUUGGCAAUGCUUGCUGGGGCUGGUGGGAGUUUUAGUUCAGCAACAUCAGCCAAAGGUUCUGCUGUAUCCCAGCAUAUGAGACUCUAAUUCCAAGGCCUCAGGAUGGGCUUGGAAAGAGAUUUCAAGGAGCCCAAGGGUAGGAAUUUUUGAGCUGAACCUGAAUGUCAAAAGUUCAUUAGGUCACAUCAGUCCUAUAGCUAGAACACUAAAACUAACACCAGCUUUCUUGCUGGCUAGCUGCUGUUCUUCCUGGUUGGGAUCAACACUUUCACAGAGGUUUUACAGUCUCUCUGCCCUUUUAGCUCUGCCGCCUUGUUUUUCUUUGAAGCAAAAUUAUUCCAAUAAUUGGGAAAAGGUUAUACAAUAGAAACUGCUGCUUUUUAGCCAGAGAUUGAAAAUUGCUGAACACUUUUCCUAGGAACUACUGGCGGCAAGUCCCGUAGUGGUAAAAGCGUUUCCCCUUAGUGUCGGCCAUUAUGAUCCUCCCUCUUCUACUACAGAGGAUGGUUUGGUGUCCUACUAGAGAUGCAAUUGGUUCACAUGAGAGAACAGUGAAGCCAGCAGGCCUGGCUGAUGCUCCAUGUGAACUGGGGAUGGAGUUUUAAGUGCUUCCUAGACUCAUUUGUGAAGUGCAGCUUUUCGGUGAGUGCAGUAACGUUCCUCACAUGAUCAGUCUCAUUGAGUCGCUUUAGGUUUUAUUCUGGGUGCCAAAUAAACCCUGGGGCAAGAACUCCUCUUCCAUCUGAAUCCAGGCCACUUGGCCAACUGGCUAGGACAUGAGGAAUCUGUUCCCCGGGUUAUCACACAUGUUCCCCCUCCCUUCUUUGCAAUUUGAGAGAAAAUUGUCUGGAGAAAAUGUCAAAACAAAACAAAUAUGCAGAUAAAAUAAAAAAAAUUUCCUUCCAGUAGCACCUUAGAGGCCAACUAAGUUUGUUAUUGGUAUGAGCUUUCGUGUGCACUGUAAAUUUGUAGAGAGGAAUGGAGAAAGGGUCUCUUCAAGGAGGAAAACGUCUUUACAGAGGAAUAAAAGUGGAAGGAGAGAGAAAAUAACUGGGUUAGAAGCUGUGUAGCUUGUUUGGAAGUAUUGUUCCAUGGUCCACAGCGGAAAGGAUCAGUGUCUGAAGUGUGGGGGUUAAGAACAUAGGAAGAGCCUUUCUGUUGGAUCAGGUCAAAGGUCCUCCUGUUCCAGCAUCCUCUUCUUACAGUAGCCAGCAAGAAGGACCACCGCACAGCCGCAUUCUCUCCUUGCAUAAAUAGUCACAUGCAUCUGUGCUUCUUCUUGAUGUUUCUUUCAAAGUGCAUUAAUUUGCUUUAUGGGGAGGAUGGACAAGCCAGCUGUGGAUGGAGUAAUAGCUUAUUAUGGGUGUCGACAUCCUCUGCCUCUCUCCCUUUCCUGGUUCCACACACAGGAUGGCAACGGCUACAUCAGUGCUGCAGAGCUGCGUCAUGUCAUGACCAACUUAGGCGAAAAGCUGACAGAUGAAGAAGUUGACGAAAUGAUCCGGGAAGCUGACAUAGAUGGGGAUGGACAAGUCAAUUAUGAAGGUGAGGAGGGGAGUUGGAUGCGGUGGCACGAGUGGCACCACAGAGCCGCCAUCCUCUUGGGCAAGUUGUCUUUGUUUCAAUGGGUCUUGCUCAGGAAUUAUGACCCACAUAAUUUUCAGAGAUUUGUUUAGAAAGAUGGAUGCCAAAAACUUGUGUAGAUCUUUAAUAAAGCCCCAAGAACCUCAUUUUUUCCUAAAGUGAUGGUUUUGACCUAAAAGCCUUGCAUGGCUCUGGAUCUCAAUACCUUAAGGACUGCCUCUCCCCAUGCAAACCAACCUGGACCCUGCACUUGUCAUCUGGGGCCCUUUUCCAAAUCCCCUUCCCCGAGACCUUCAGAAAGUGACAACACAAGAACGGGCCUUUUCUGUGGUGGCUCCCCGCCGGUGGAAUGCUCUCCCCAGAGAGGCUUGCCUGGCGCCGUCAUUACAUAUCUUUAGGUGCCAGGUGAAAACAUUCCUCUUUACCCAGGCCAUCAUCCAUUAAAUAAUUUAUGACCUGUUAAAUGUGGGAGGAUUGUUACUAUGGUUAUUUUAUUAUUAAGCUGUAUGUUAUGUUAUGUUAUGUCAUGUCAUGUCCCAGGGUCUCUGGAUAAAGGGCAGUAUAUAAAUAGAAAUAAUAAUAAUGGAUAAUAAUAAUGAUGAUGAAAGGGCAGACUCUGGCCCUGGGACAAAUAGUGCCCUGGACGAGAAGAGCCGCCUUUGUGCCCCUCCCCCAUGGUCAGUUUUGCAGGGCUGCUCACAGGGCUUAUGGGACUUAGGCAGGUGUGGUUUGCCCGUGCUACAAAGACUGAUGCAUGUGUGUAUGAAGUCGGGGGCCAUAUGAAACAAUUGUUGCAUCCCAUGACUACAUGGGAGAAUCCUUGCUCGCAACACCUCCUUGCCCUGGGAUCAAAUCGCCCGAGAGAUGUGCUUCAGUUUGUGGGGAUAAUGGAAAAGGGUUUGGCUUGUGCUUCUCCAGAGAACCUCCUCCAAAUUCCAAACCCCUUCCGGUGGAGCUUCUUUCUGCUUCCUGGAGCUACAUCUCUUCUGGUUGUGGUUUGCUGCUGGCCUCCUCUCCGCUGCUCUCGCAGGAAAGCCUUGUGGAGGUUUAGGCCUCUAUUCUUCAUCAUGUUCAGCACACACAAUGGCUGGGGCUGCAAGUCCCCCUCCCUGAGCUCCAUCACUCUCUCCGCAGCUACCAGAAGUAGGCCAUUUGUUGGAAUGAGGUAACCAGGCCGGCAAAAUCCCCCGGGCCCAGAGUAAGAGUAGAAUGGUCUCUAAUCUCAUUAUUGAGUAUUUCAUUGUGAAUAUGAGGGUCGGAUUCACGAUGAGUGCAGUAGCCCAAAAGGAAUCUUCAAACGGGAGAUCUGUACUUUUGUUGACCCUGCUCAUGUAUCAGCUGAAGAGUGACUUGAGCAGCUGGAAUUUUGCAGGAGUCCAUGGGGAUACUUGUACAUCCUUUACAAGCUACCAGAAGAGGCACUUACCGCCCACUGUAUGGAUCUACACAGAGUGCUCACUGAUGGCAACCACUCCAACAUCAAUGGUGCAGAUAUUUGUGCUAAGCUGGGUCAUCUUUGUCAAAUUCUCUCUCCUGGGAGAGAUGCCUUGCAAGUUCAUCCAUAGUACCAAAAUGACUGAUGUCUUCCCAAACAUCUGAGUAGCACUAUGAAGUCUCCUGACACUACUUGCUUUCAUUCCGUGCCAAAGUUGUUAAGCUUUUAGGGCAAAAUCACAAAAAGCCGUUUUUGAGCACUGCCAUGGACUGCCAUACAUCUGGAUAUGUCUUGGAAAAUCCAGACCUGUGGCAGCCCUAGGUAAGCACUUAAAAGAAUAAAUCCAUUAUUUUUAUCUUUUAAAAUUCAUUGGUAGGAGGAUAUGUUUGGAAAGGUACCUGCCUCUGGAAUGUCCUGAUUUACUUCCCUUUCUUCUCUCCUUUGCUCCUCUAGAGUUUGUACAGAUGAUGACUGCCAAAUAAGAGAAGCAGCGGCCGCCCCUUUCCCUUUCCCUGUGCAGAAUGGAAGGACUUGUUUGCUUACCAUAGAAAUCUUCUCCAGCUCCUCCUGUCUGUCUGGCACUCAACGCCUCCAUUGAUGCUUUAGCGGUUUGUGGCCAUUCUCUGCUCUCUUCCCCCUCCCUCUUGGUUUACAUGCUUGUGCCCGCAGUGGGUACAGCUGGGAUGGCAGGAAGCCAAUGGAGCGCCCUGGCCAGGAGAAGCGACACAAGGCCCAACUCCUAGCAUUGUGGGUGGCCCAGUGGUGGAGAGGGGCUGCCAUAGUGAAGGCACCCCUCCACCCUUGGCUCCACCGCUGCCUUGUGCCUGCGCUCCCUCCCUCUCCAAAGGCCACACCCCAGUUAGCGUGUAACCCUUGCAUCCAUGGACUGUUUUGUUCAGCUGAGUGCCUCCUUCCGCCAUCUGCAGUUGUCUUCCUGGGAAUAUCUGCAUAUCUUGGGUAUAUUGUAACUGUUAAACCUCUUAAUAAUUGCCGUGCCCUACCCCCUCUUCCCUUACCUUCCAGUGGCUUCAGGGAAUGAUUCUGUUCCAUUCCAGUUGGUGUAUGGUUUCUUUUUCUUCUUUUGAAUAAAGUCUGUGUGUUUCAAAAGGA